CCCUGCGCCUGCAAAAGUCAAGCUCCAACAGACAGCAGAUCAGCGCAGUCACGAGAGCAUCUUCUGGCUCAUCGAUCCUUUUUCUCUCCUUCCUCCCCUAGCCUGCUCAAUCAUCUCCUCCUCUCUCUGCCGGGAAUCUCGAAAUCAAACGGUUGCUGGUGCUUGCAGAGUCGCUGCACUCCAACCCGAAAAGAUGGCGGCCGUGGUCGAGGAGAAAUCAUCAUCGACAUCUGCAUUGUCUUUCUUAACAGACAAUGCCAUCGCCGCAACCAUCGCAGACUCUUACUCCAAUCUUUCGGCGAGGAGGAAGUUAUUGGGUCUCGAGAAUCCCGGGACGGUCGACAACAUUGCGCGCGAAGUCCAAAAGGAUGUUCUCCUGUCUAAUUUCAUGUUCUCCGGCUUGCGCUGCGACUUGCAAAAGGUCUUCAGCAUAAACCCUCUAUUCCGCCUACAACAUGGCUUUGCCAUGGGCUCCCAAGCUUUACCGCCGUGGCAACUAAUGGCGUUGUAUGGCACUUCUGAUAUUUUCAUGCAAGCUGCCUACUCGAGCGACCGAUCUUUGACGGCCUGGGGAAACCUUCGAUGGUCUCCACGAUUCGUGACUAAGACGCAGACCUCGAUUGACCCGAGACAGACCCAGGCAAUGGUGCAAAUCGAGAACGAGUACACGGGCAAUGAUUUUUCGGCGUCAAUCAAGGCUCUCAGUCCAUCGAUCAUGGAAGGUGGCCUCACGGGUAUCUUCAUUGGAAGCUAUCUGCAAUCAAUCACACCCAAGCUUUCAUUGGGUCUCGAGGGUGUAUGGCAGCGACCCGCACUGAACAGCAAACCCGAGACUGCGUUGUCGUACUGCGCGAGAUACAAGAGCACCGACUGGAUCGCUAGUGCCCAAUGGCUGAGCCAAGGCUCAUUGGGAGCCACAUACUGGAGACGAUUGACGGACAAGGUCGAGGCUGGUGUUGAUUGUCAACUACAAUUCGCGCCUGGCGCUGCCAUGUUUGGAGGUCCUCGACGAGAAGGCACGACAACUGUUGGUCUCAAAUACAGCUUCACCAACUCGGUCUAUCGUGCGCAAGUCGACAGCGCUGGAAAGUUCGGCGUCGUUCUAGAGAGGCGGGUUGCACCUCCAGUGACAUUGACUUUUGCCGCCGAGAUUGAUCAGUGGAAGAACACCCACAAGCUUGGUGUCGCUGUCUCGCUUGAAGGUGCUCCGGAAGAACUGCAGGAAAUCGCGGAGCGCGCAGAGAAUCAGAACGCCCUUCCACCGCCAAUUUAGUGCAUGCGCGUGGUAUAACUUCAACACCCUCUUCGAAAAUGUUUUACUACCUCUCCUCUUCACUCUCAAGCAAGUACCUUCGACAAGGCCAGGCACCCCAAGGGUUUCAUACAUCGGCGUGGUGAGCAGACGACGGAGACCCAACUUUGAAGCCCCCACUGCCACCAGACCUGUUCAGGACUGCCAACUCUGCCGGGUUUGGAUUCUUCCCUACUGUUCAAGGGACAAAAGAGGAGUGUUCGACUUGCUCACUUUUCUCAAUGUAUCUGUAUGUAUGGGCAGAAAGAUCAUGACGAAGUUGGUGGGCGAGCCGUGUUUGGUCUGGGAUGGCCACCCUCGCCGGAUGAGAUUCGACCACGAAAUCUAUCAAUACUGCAUAAUAGAAGAAAAAGGAAGGCCUGUAUCAAUAAAACCAGAUGCUGGAGUUUUUGUGACUGCUUUGAAAAGUUACCUUUUGCCCUACAGCCCAUUACCUUGUGUGUUGUGCGCACUGUACACCUGGCGAGAGCAAAAGGUGUGCUCGCCAUUGAAUCCAUGACUCCCCUUUACCUUGCCUUCGACUUCUACCGUCAGAGUGUUUCCGAGUUAGAUAAUUGCCCACGAUUGUACAAUCUUAC